UUUGUGUGUGUAUGUAUAUAUGUAUAUAUAUGAGUCCACAUUUCAAAUUGUUUUUGGAAACUGGACCAAAGAGGAAAAGAACCAUCCGGACUGUUCUAGGGUGAAAGUGUAAAAGGCAGCAUGUGUGAUGGUAUGGGGGUGUAUUAGUGCCCAAGACAUGGGUAACUUACACAUCUGUGAAGGCACCAUUAAUGCUGAAAGGUACAUACAGCUGUUGUUAUCAUGGACGCCCCUGCUUAUUUCAGCAAGACGAUGCCAAGCCAGGUGUUACAACAGCGUGGCUUCAUAGUAAAAGAGUGCGGGUACUAGACUGGCCUGCCUGUAGUCCAGACAUUGCAAAUGUGUGGCGUCUAAAAUAUGAGAAGGGAGACUGUUGAACAACUUAAGCUGUACAUUAAGCAAGAAUGGGAAAGAAUUCCACUUCAAAAAUGUGUCUCCUCACUUCCCAAACCUUUACUGAGUGUUGUUCAAAGGAAAGGCCAUGUAACACACUGGUAAAAAUGCCUUUUUUGCCAUGUGUUGCUGCCAUUACAUUCUAAAUUAAGGAUUAUUUGCAAAAAAGAAAGAAGUUUCUCAGUGUGAACAUGAAAUAUCUUGUCUUUGCAGUCUAUUCAAUUGAAUAUAAGUUGAAAAGGAUUUGUUGUAUUCUCUUUUUAUUUACCAUUUACACAACCUGACAACUUCACUGCUUUUGGGGUUUGUACAAAAGUAUUCACAUUAUUUGUUCAAUACUUAGUUGAUGCACCUUUGGCAGAAAUAACAGCCUCAAGUCUUCGUGAAUACCAUGUCACAAACGUGGCACACCAAUGUUGGCAUCACCUCUCUGUCACUCAACUCUCUUGUUCGACUCUUUUAAAAAAAAAUUUAAAAAAGUGAUUCCAAUUGUUUUUGUGCUGAUAUUUCCUGGAGUAUUUUUGGCAUCCAGCCCAAAACUAAGAUUGUUGUGUUCAUAUGUUGCAACAGCAUUAUCAUCUUUAACCCUUCACUUGUUGCUACCUCCUCUCUGUGACUCCAAACUCUGUCACACUAUUUUGUGCUGAUACUUGGCAUGUGUAAAUGUCACAGUUCAAGUGUUUUUCAGGCCCUACCAGGAAGAAGUGCAGAGAAAACACAACACCCCCCCAGGCUGAAGAAUAACCAGGAGAGUUCCGACAAGGAAGUAAAUGCAAAUUUACUUCUUUUUUUUUCUUUUCUUCCUUGUAGUGCUUUGUAGCGACUUCCUGCUAUGAGUAAUCAUGACAGCAGCUGAGACGGACGGGCACACUCCACUUCUCUUCUGAUACUUGGACAUCCGCUGCCAUGGAGAUGAAACAUAUUUAAGGAGGCCAGAGGAGAGCCACAAACCCACCUGGAGCCCCAACAAGUCUGUGGUCUGCGCCAUGGACCAGCACGCCAAAGUGGAGCGCUUCCUGAAGCUGGGCUACUCCCGGCAGGACAUAGUGAGGGUGCUGGAGAGCCUCCACCAUGACGCCCAGACCAAUGACAUCCUAGAAGAACUCAUCAAGACCUGCCACAUUCGCCAUGACAAGGGCAGCGCUAAACUGGUCCCCAGAGGCUGCGGACCCAGGCCCCCUAGACCUGUACCGGACAAGGAGCCUGCUUCCUGUUUCAGACCAGUGGUUAUAGAUGGAAGCAACGUGGCCAUGAGCCAUGGCGACAAGAAGGUGUUCUCCUGUCAGGGCAUUCAGAUGGCCGUGAAGUGGUUCUGGGAUAAAGGCCUCCGAAACAUCACCGUGUUCAUCCCCCUGUGGAGGAAGGAGCAGCCGCGGCCUGAGGCCCCCAUUGCAGACCAACACAUCCUGCAUGAGCUGGAGAGGAGGAACAUCCUGGUGUACACACCCUCACGCUGUGUCAACGGCAAGAGGGUGGUGUGCUACGACGACCGCUUCAUCGUCAGGUUGGCCUUCGACUCGGACGGCAUCAUCGUGUCCAACGACAACUACCGGGACCUGCAGACCGAGAACCCACACUGGAAGAAGUUCAUCGAGGAGAGGCUGCUGAUGUACACCUUUGUUAGUGACAAGUUCAUGCCUCCUGAUGAUCCUUUGGGUCGAAAUGGUCCCACUCUUGAUGAUUUCCUGCUGAAGAAGCCAAAGAAUGUGGACAACAAACUGCAACAUUGUCCUUACGGUUACAAGUGCACUUAUGGAGUCAAGUGCAAGUUCUACCACCCAGAAAGAACCAACCAGUCCCAGCUGUCUGUGGCCGACGAGCUCCGGGCGCAGAUUGACAGAGCCAAGACCUCAAGUCUGAAAGAGAUGGACUCGCACCUCAGCCCUGGUGCGUACCAGUCUGAGCGCACGUCCAGCACCCCCGCAGACCUCUACCACAGAGACCACCUGGGGCAGCCUGGCCCAAACCUGGAGGUGGACGAGGCCUUCGGCUCCAUGGACAGCUCCAUGUCCAAGGUCCACAUCCACAGCUACAGCAGCGGUGUGGCCAGCUACCUGAGCCAGGACUCCUUGUCAGGGUCUCACUACUACACCCAAGCUGCCCAGGACUCCUUCCCGGGGUCUCACUACUACACCCCCCUGGUCUACAGCUCUGUCUGCACCUGCUGCAUGGGUGUAGGCCAGCAGGCCAGGGGGUCCCACGGCCACCCUGCAUGGUCCUCCUGUCCCCCCCUGCCCCCAGACCACGCCUCGCACUUGGCAGAGGAACCCCAGUCCAGGCAGACCAAGUCCAGCCACGGCUUGCCCAGAGACUCUCAGGUCCACGGGAAGACCAAGGAGCAGCGCAGGGAGAUGAGGAGCAGGCUGAGCACGCUCUUCCCCAAGGAGACUGUGGAUCGAGUCAUGGACGCAUACCCUCACGUGUCGGACUUGUUUGAACUGAUAUCACUCAUCAGGAACAACAUCUGAAUCUAGUCCCUCCCCCAAGUCCUGGUGUCACAAUAUCUAGUCCCUCCCCCAAGUCCUGGUGUCACAAUAUCUAGUCCCUCCACCAAGUCUUGGUGUCGCAAUAUCUAGUCCCUAGUCCUCCUCCACUAAAAAAAAUCCAGUUCCAACAUCCUUUACUGAGCAGAAGUGUUUGGACUAUGAAACCAAAAUCACACGUGGAUUCUUCUUCUCUGCUUUGGUAUUUAAUGUGUGCGGCCAUAGGGCAGGUGACCCACGUGGCCAUAGGGCAGGAGACCCCAAGUUCCAUUGCAGGGUCAAUCCUUGGUGA